AUGGCCAAUAACAGGAGCAGCCGGCGGGAAGGCGAGGCCAUGCGCGGGACGGGGCCCGGCCUGGGCGCAGUGGGAGCGGCGGCGGACGCGGUUAGGCGCCGGCGGCGCGGACAGGUGGCUAAGGCGGGGGGCAAGUGCUGCGGCGGCGGCGGCGCUGCUGCUGUGCUCAGGCGCGCGGGAGGGAAGGCGGGGCCGCAAGCUUGGGCGGCAGCGGGCGCGGGCACAACCGUGGGGUGCGGCGGAGCUAGGUGCGCACGAGCGAGGCGACACAGCAGGAGCAACACCGACGAGGGGCGCGGCCGGGACCAAGCCUCGGUCAUGGCGGCAGGAGCUCGGGGGUGGGGCUCAUACGACAACAAAUCCGAGGGGGAAAAGGGGGGAAUGGGUGCGGCUCACCGAGGGGAAGGCGAUGGCGAGCUCGGGAUGGUUCGGGGAGGACCGGAGGUAGCAGAUCGACAAGGCGGAGCAGACGUCCAUGGUCGAAGAGGAGGGGUCGAUGGCGGCGGCUCCGGGUCGCUCCAGCAAGAGCCGGUUGCCGUAGAGAACGACGACGAAGGGGACCGUCUCGUGGGAAGCUUCUGGCGCCGCGGGGAGGCUCCGGUGCACGGCAUCGACGUCGACGCGGCGACGGCAGCUCGAAUGUGA